CCCGCUGUCCUGGGCUUCAGGUUUCCCGAAUCACUUGACGAGGAACUAGCAGGUGGGCAGAUGUCUUCCCACGCCGAGGACAGACGCGUAGGAAGGUUCAAUGCACUGGAGUGAGCUGCCGGGGUCCCAUCUCCCGGCAGUUCCCGGGCGGCGCUGGCAGAGAAGAGGGACGCGCUCGAGAAUUAAAGGCUACUACGCAGGAGGACCCGCUUGGGCAUUCACCUGUGGCAGUGAGCUCGGCACCCACUCGCCGCGGCGCCCUCCGGUUGGAGCCGACAGCGCUGCGAGCCCGGGGCUGCCGCCGCCACUGCGGCGGGCAGAAGUCGGAGGCGCCAGGAGAGGUCAGCAGCAGCAAUCAGCGUAGCUGGACUGCGAGAUUUCGGCUGGCACACUUUCCAGAAAGAAGCACGACCUCCCCAGGACCGCGCGAAGGAACGCCGCGGCCCGGCUUCUAGGUUGCCCCAAGCGCACCCACUCUGUGCUCUCGGCGGAGAGCGCGGCGCGUCCUGGGAAACCAGAACAGCACAGGCCGCUGCCUCGGCUCCCACCCCGCAGCCCGCCUGCGAGCAACCGGGGGAAAGGCCGGAGCGGACGCCGGAGACCACCGGGAGGGAGGGGCCGCUACCGCCGAGGCUCUUGCCCACCCGCGGCGCCCGGGCCCCUUGGCCGGCGGGCCAUGGCCGAGAGCGGCACGGGCAGCUCGGGCCCCUGGUGGAAAUCGCUAACCAACAGCAGGAAGAACGGCAAGGAAGGCACGGUGGAGGCGCAGCCUCCGGCCCAGCCUGCCCCUGGGGAGCCCGCGCCGCCCAGCCCGGACUGGACUAGCGGCUCGCAGGAGAAUCAGCACCCCAAUCUCCUCGGGGGCGCCGGCGAGCCCCACAAGCCAGACAAGUUUUGCGGGGAGAAAUCGGGCAACAGCCGCCGCAAUCUGAAGAUCUCGCGCUCGGGCCGCUUUAAGGAGAAGAGGAAAAUGCGCGCCACUCUGCUCCCCGAGGGAGUCAAGUCCCCGGAGGAGGCGGGCUUCCCUGGUGACCCCCAGGACGACAAGCAAUAGCCCGAGCGCUCCAGGACGGUCUCUCUUCCCACCACGCCUCCCCAACCCCCAGUGCUAAACCCGAGAAUUCUGACCCGCCCCUGUACUUGGUGUCUCAUCCCACGAAAUGCAGAAUAUUCACGCAAGGCCUCCACGAUUUUAUCUUCCUGGAAAUUGAAGUGUCAAUUGAGUUUUCCAUAUGUCAUGACUCAAGGAUGCAUUAAGUAUUUAUUCGUGGUAAGGGAAGAUUCCUGCCACAGAGGAAGUUGGCAUAAUUAUUUUGUUCUAAAAGCUUCUGUGGCCUCCACCCCUUGUAUCGCCAAUGGAAGUGAGAAGGAAACUUCUCUAAGAGAUGGUAGCUCAGCUGGAACUGUGCAGCCUCUCAAAUGAGGAAGGCAUGCUCUGAUUCGGGACUUGCUGUUGGAAAGCAAACCACAAUGCUGUUUUUAAUGCCUGAGAAAUGCACUUUACAAGCACUCCUGUAGAGUUACACCUUAAGUGAAGGGAUGGGAAAGAGCAAGCAGUCUUAACUGAAAGCAUUUCAAGUAAAGCAAGAUUGCUUUUAAUGUUGAACUACAAAACUGUACUGCCUAUCUUAGUGGGGACCAUUAAAAUUGUUGCACUGUAAGACUUAAGGCAACUUUUGUAUUGUUUCCAUUGCAAGGCUGAAGCCCGUCAUACUUAAAAGCAGGCAUGCAAAAUCCAAGGUGACAGAGUUAAUCAUUUGCCACACCACAUAACAGCUACUCUUGGAAAGCUGCAGAGAGGAGAAUAUUGCUAGAAACUAGCAAUACCCAGACUGGAACCAGUUAGCUGAAUGUCCCGAGUUACUGACCAAAUUCAAGAAAGGGAGCGAGGGGUACUAACUCACUAUUCCUAAAUUCUCUUUUUAUUUCACUGCAUCUUAGUAGAGUAGAAUAAGUCACAAUGCUAGUAAUAAUUCUUAUUGGUAUCCAUUGUUAACCUUACAGACGAACAAUUAUCUGAAAACACUCAAACAGAUGGACUGAACUCUUAGCUUGUGCAAAGCUGGCUUUUUCCCCCACUCCUUUGCUUCAAAAGCUUAUUUUUUUUUUUUUAGUUUGAGGUAUGCAUUUAAUCUAGUUUCAAAGCCUUUAGAUUUACCAACCUGAAGAUUCUCAACAAAAAUCUACCUGUUUGCUUUUGUUAUAAGCUUGAAGAAGAAGAGUAAAUGAAUACCCCUUGCUUUCAACAAAUUACAAGAGACUUAUUGUAGUUGUUAAGAUCCACUGGGAUCAUUUCCCACAGCAAUUCAGUUCAUCUACAAACACCCAGAAAUGCAUAGCAGGGAAAUUGCUUUGAUCAAAGUGUGUAUAUUUUUUUUAGAUAAUUACAAGCAAGAACUUGAUUGAAGCUUCUGAGUUUGUUAUAUAGAGAGAAGCAGUUUUUUGCUUCUUCCAAAUUAGCAAUUUAUAAAAUAGCAAAACAUGUUGAUUGUUUAAAGAGACUUAACAAAGAAACGAUGCAAAUGGCUAUAAUGGAUUUAAAUUAGUGAAUCCAGCUUGAGCACCAGCAGAAUAAGAGUUUACCACUUGAUACAUGAGUUUCCACAUACCAAACCUUACUCCAAAGG